CACUCGGCCCUGCCAUGCCGGUCGAUCUCAGCAAGUGGUCCGGGCCCUUGAGCCUGCAGGAGGUGGAGGAGCGGCCGCAGCACCCACUGCAGGUCACCUAUGGCGGUGUGGUGGUGGACGAGCUGGGCAAGGUGCUGACGCCCACUCAGGUUAAGAACAGGCCCACCAGCAUUGCUUGGGAUGGGCUUGAUCCAGGAAAACUGUACACCUUGGUCCUGACAGACCCUGAUGCGCCCAGCAGGAAGGACCCCAAAUACAGGGAGUGGCACCACUUUCUGGUGGUCAACAUGAAAGGCAAUGACAUCAGCAGUGGCACCGUCCUCUCUUAUUACGUGGGCUCCGGGCCUCCCAAGGGCACAGGCCUCCACCGCUACGUCUGGCUGGUUUACGAGCAGGAUGGGCCGCUCAAGUGCGACGAGCCCAUUCUCAGCAACCGCUCUGGUGACAACCGCGGCAAGUUCAAGGUGGCAUCCUUCCGCAAAAAGUACCAGCUGGGGACGCCGGUGGCCGGCUCAUGUUACCAGGCCGAGUGGGAUGACUACGUGCCCAAGCUGUACGAGCAGCUGUCUGGGAAGUAGGGCGAAACUCGGAGCAUCCUGAGGCCCCUCCUCCCCUCUCCCUCCCCAACCUGAGCAGUCAGCCAGCUGUGCUGGGUCACUUCUUGCUGCCUGCCCGUCGUGAUUCUAGACUAGUCACUUGCUCCACAUUGUAUUUUGGUCUCAUCUGAACUCUGUUAUGGGGGAUGUUUUGGUUCUGUAAUAAAGAGUCUGCAUUCUGCACCCCAGCCCAUCCUGAGACAGCCAGAAGCUUGGGUCUCGGGCGUGCCCAGCAAGGGCC